AGCGACUCCGUCGACUCGGACGUGGUCCCUGUGGAGGAUCUGGGCAAUAACGAGACGCCCGUAAGCGCCGUCACGUCCGGUAUGAAGCGCAAGAGCGACGCCCCGGAGAGGCCGACGCAGCACAAGAAAAACUCUAGAAGGACGUUAAAUGAGGCGGAUAAUCCGGUAAUUGAGGACAACUCUGUGGAGGAUGAAGCGGAGCUGCAGUUGCUGGCCAUUGAGGCGCGCCGGCUGGACUUUGAAGUCGCCAAGUGGAAGCAGCAGCAGGCGCUGCGC